AGCACACCUGGAAGGCUCAAGCACAUAAUCUAGGUUGCUGCGCAUUUGCGGCAUUUUCCACAUGCUGCCUUAUUAUUUGGUGUUACUACCCUUGUGGAUAUGUCUGGCCAUCUUGUUUCCCUUGGUGCAGACGCUGCACGCACUCCAACACGAAAGUUCCGAUCGAAAACUGUGGCUCUUUUACUGGUGCCUCUAUUGUGUAGCGUCCAUCACGCUGUACUACUUUGAGUGGCUCCUUUGCAUACCCUUCUAUGUUCUCUCGUUCUACGUAGACAUCUACUACGAGACGCAACUUCUAGUGAUUUUCUACCUUGUGUACCCGAAAACCUUGGGUAUCAAGAGACUGCAGGAAUUUGUAGAGGCCCAAAGCUGCAAUUUGCUGGAAGGAGGCACUGAGCUGGCCAAGGGUUAUGCGAAGAUUGCGUACGACCAGUUUCUGGAGCUCACCGGCAAGCCCUCGUGACUCGCACGGCCAGGCGGACGAAACGGACGGACGGUCUUGUUCUUCCGACGGGCGGAAGGAGAGACGAUGCGUGUCGUAUUGGGAGAGAUGCGCAAGUGGAUGCAGAGCAGAAUCCCAGGAAUGAGCUUAAAAUACAUCAACCCCCGGAGUGAAAAUGUAUAUAAUUGUUGGUUUGAUCUCCGCAAUUGUUGGCCAGAACAAGUUGUUGAAGGAUUGUUGAAGGUGUAUUGCUGAAUUGUUA